AAUUUUUUUCUCUUUUCGAUUUAUAACUUUAAUAUGAUGCAAUCACUACCAUUGUUUGGCUCCCCUCUUGUUACUGCCUUGGCUCGUUCGAGUUUCACAACGUCUUCUGGUCUUUCUGUUCCCGGUAUUUUAGCAAGAUGUUAUCAAGAAAUUGAACAAAAAGGCCUCGAUGUAGAAGGCCUGUUUCGUAAAUCAGGCUCUACUGCAACCAUUAAUGAACUGCAAUUACAAUUUGAAGAGAGUCAAAAUCCUUUUUUAGUCAAGUUUCCAUCAACAAUCACAAGUCAUUCGCUUACCGGAUUAUUUAAACGCUACUUACAACAAUUAGCUGAACCUGUAAUUCCUCGACAAUAUCAGUCCAUGUUCUUGGAUGUGUUUGAUCAGGAAAGAUAUUCUAAAGAGACUCUGAAAAGACGGCUAAAAGAAGUGUGCAAAAAACUACCUCAUGAGCACCUACAUUUAUUGCAAUUCUUGAUUGAAGUAACUGAUAAAGUCCAACAACAUCAAGAAAAAAACCAAAUGUCAAUUGAAUCUCUAGCAAUUAUUUUUGCUCCCACCUGCAUUCGAUUGGAUGGUGUGUCUCAAUUCAUGCUGGGAGAUAAUGCAGCAUUGACGGAAAGUAAGUAUUGUCAAUCUUAUAAUUCUCUGCCGGUUUUUUUGGACAAGCAUCAUUUGAUCCAAAAAGCACGGCAGUUAUUGUGGGGGACACUACGAAAAAAACAACAACAACAACAGCAGCAGCAGCAACAACAACAGCAGCAGUAUAAAUCAUAUCAACCUAGUGACAAUACACCUCCUAUGACAAAAAAGAAAAAGAAGCGCUAUUCUUCUUCUUCUUCCAUGUUUUCUGAUUCUUUAAAGUACAAGCCAAAUGAAUUACUUCAGCUAGAGCUUGUCAAAGAAAGCAAUACUUGGAUCAAGAUAUUUGAGUUUAUGAUGACACACCCUGAAGUUUUUACGACUUUAACUAAUCCUCUCAAGUCUCAACAAUACAAACAUCGCAAACUAUCUUUAAAAGAGCAUAAAAACACUACUAUACCACUUGUCAUAGAAGAUAAAGAGAAUGCAUUCAAUCGACAAGAAAUAGACUUACAGCAACAACAACAACAAGAGAAAUUGAGAAUUGAUGUGAGUACUUUGGAAUUCAAAGAAUCGCGCGAAUUAGUCCAAACGUUUGAAAGUUUUGGAUUUUCUUCACCUAAAGUAGACUUUUUAUCAACUCCUAAAAUGAUGAUUCGAAAAGUUAAAGAAGAAUCUGUCAAAGCAGUGUCUCCUGUUGAAAGCUUUAUUGAUACGCCUCAUUCGAAAUACAUUCGAACCCUCCAGAACUGGAAACUAAGAGAAGAAGAAAACCGGAAUAUCAUUGUGCCUCAAGAAGUCAUGAUGUCCCACAAGUUCAAAAGAAACAUCAAAUCAAAUCUUCAAUCUACUCGGACACCUCAAGCUUCUGAUUGGGUCAAAGCAAUUCAAGGUGGUGUCUUUUCAGUCGAUCUGAAUGAAAAAGCACAACCUUUGUUUCACCAAGACCAUAAAACAACUUUGAACUACUAAUUUAAUACUAUUUCCUACACUUUAUUCAAAAUAAAUAUAAUGCGACCAUAGAUGCCAAUUUAAAAGA